ACAGUAACUUGUUUUAUCUAUUUUAGACGUUCGCGGAUUAAGCAAUGUGUCGAUCGACAUUCCAUUGGCAGUGGCAGUUGGUACGACAGUCAACAUGUCCUGCAGAUACGAUCUACAAUCGGAUACUCUUUACACUGUCAAAUGGUACAAAGGCACGGAAUUUUUUCGAUAUGUCCCUAAGGAAAUGCCACCGAUUGCAGUAUUUGGAGAACUUGGGGCAAGAGUUGUGACAAAUCGGAGCGACGCGCAUCGAGUGGUUCUGAAGGAUGUACAGCCCAAUCAUACUGGCAAAUAUCGUUGCGAAGUCUCCGGAGAUUCUCCCUCGUUUAAUACUGUAAUGGUUUCUGGUUACAUGCACGUAGUUAGUCUGCCGAACGGCGAUCCGACGCUGCGGAUCGAGAAGCUGCGCUAUGCAGUGGGUGAUACUGUACGUGGAAACUGCACGGUACCAUCGGGAAAUCCUCCAGCCAACGUGACGUGGACUGUCAACGGCAAACCGCACAAAUCAAGAGACGUUUUAAAGACGACUAGAGGACAUCCUUAGGACGUAUUCAAGAUGUUCCUCGGAUAAAAUGUGCUAUAUGGGUAUACUUUUUAAAUACCGACUUAAUGAAUGACUUUUAAAUACCUUUCUUAUUUUUUCGCUUUGCGUGCAUGUAAAAAUUUAAUAGUUCUCGGAAAGCAACGGGAAAAAUCCACUUUUCCAUUAAAGAAAAUUGCUUAUACGUGAUUGACUGCAUUAAGCGUAAAAUAUAACGUCGCAGACGAUCCUCGCGACGAGUGCAGCUUGUCAGCUUAAGGGUCUCGAGGAAGCAGCGCGUGCUUGUUCUCCGUGCGUGCAUAUAGUUUGAGAGGCGCACGAGAUGUGCGUGGAAAUCUCAUGGAAACAACAGGAAAUGCGACAUAAAUUCACGACGGCGCCAUAUAGACGGUAUCGCGAACUGAG